AGCUGCCGGCGAGGCUUGCUGUGUUUUGAAAACAAACAUCGAAACAUGACGGUUGGGACGCCAGUAGAAAGGACCGUCGGCCUCGUUUUCGGAGUUUCGCGAUGGACUGAGUGCACCAACGGAUCAUUAAACGGAUGAUGGAUACUGUACAAGGAGGCAGGAGUGUGCAUGUAAAAGUAUUUGCUGGAAUGUCGCUGCUGUGUGAACAACGUCGAUCUGUCGUCGGACAUCCUCAGAUGGACGAAAAUAUGGGAUGCACAACAACUGGACUGUGCCUCUUUAUGUAGGUCUGAAGGUUGAGUACGAGAUUCCGAACCGUGCCAACUCGAUGAAUGACGACUUUUUGCUGGACUUGCAACACAAAACUUCCACGGAAACCAGUGUCUCGACGAGGUAUGCAGCAGAUAUGCCAGUCCGGAGGCCUGACUGCUCAACAGGACAGUAAGAAGCUCUUCCUGCACACACAGGCGCUCCUCGUCGGCAAGGUGCUCCUCGUCGGCAAUGUGCUCCUCGUCGACCAGGCGCUCCUUGCCGACCAGGUGCUCGUCCUCGUCGACAAGGUGCUCCUCGUCGACCAGACGCUGCUUGCCGACCAGCCGCUUCUUGCCGACCAGGCGCUCGUCCUCGUCGGCAAGGUGUGCUCCUCGUCGACCAGACGCUGCUUGUCGACCAGGCGCUCCAUGCCGACCAGGUGCUCGUCCUCGUCAACAAAAGUUGCUCAUCUCUACUCGUCAACUCCCCAGAUGUGGUGAAGAUAACAAUAUAUAUGUAUUUCAUAUGUUCGUAUAUUAAUCAAUAAAUUUACGCAA